CGGAAAUACACGAAGAGGAAGUAGAAUAUGUCAGCUGACUCUAAGUCUGUCACGUGAUCACAAAAACUAGUCAACACAAAAUGUUUCCAUGUCGCGCAUUUGUGUCGCUCUUAUUUGUGCUCAUCGUCGGCAAAGGCUCCACGGCUCCACUGGUGGGAGAAGAAGUGUGGGACUAUGUGGAAGUACGUGAUGGGGCGCACAUGUUCUGGUGGCUUUACUAUGCGGACAGUCAGUCCGUCAAGUAUCAGGAAGUCCCUUUUGUCAUGUGGCUGCAGGGUGGACCAGGAGGUUCAGGAAGUGGUUUUGGGAACUUUGGGGAGAUCGGACCUCUGGAUAGCGACUUACAACCAAGAAAGAGCAGUUGGGUGAAGGCAGCCAGCGUGUUGUUUGUGGACAAUCCAGUCGGAACUGGUUUUAGUUACGCAGAAAGGCCGGAUUGUUACGCCACAGACAUUGACAUGGUGGCUUCAGACAUGCUGGUGCUCCUCAAACACUUCUUCUCAAAGAUGGAGGACUUUCAGAAAAUACCCUUCUUCAUAUUUUCUGAAUCCUAUGGAGGAAAAAUGGCAGCCGCCAUCUCCCUUGAAGUCACAAAAGCUGUCACUCGAGGAGAUCUCAGGUGCAACUUUGCUGGUGUGGCACUCGGUGACUCCUGGAUUUCACCUGUGGACUCCGUGAUGACAUGGGGUCCAUAUCUGUAUGCAACUUCACUGCUGGAUGACAACGGCCUCAACCAAGUGAAGAUCGCAGCAGAAGCAGUGAAAGAUGCUGUCGAGCAGCAACACUUUGACAAAGCUACUGAGCUGUGGUCUGUGGCGGAAACUGUUAUAGAGCAGAACACCAACGGAGUGAACUUCUACAACAUCCUCUCUCAGGAGUCGGAUGAUGUCUCUUCAGCAGGAAGUAACUUGAUAUCCCUGCUGGCCAGAAGACACAUUGCACCUCUUCACAAACAGUCGCUGAGUCAGCUGAUGAAUGGAGCCAUUCGACACAAGCUGGGCAUCAUUCCACAGAACGUCACCUGGGGAGGUCAGGCUGAGCAGGUUUUCAGUUCCAUGGCAGCAGACUUCAUGAAGCCGGUGGUCCACAUGGUGGAUCAGCUGCUGACUGCGGGCGUUAACGUCUCUGUUUAUAACGGACAGCUGGACCUGAUAGUGGACACUCUUGGUCAGGAGUUGUGGCUGCAGAGGUUGGAGUGGGCGGGGCUUCCCGGUUUUAACAAGCUCAGGUGGACGGCUUUGGAUGACCCCGCCUCCCCAGGGGUUACUGGCGCCUUUGUCAAGUCCUUCCAGAACUUCUCCUUCUACUGGAUCCUCAAAGCAGGUCACAUGAUUCCUUCCGAUCAAGGACCAAUGGCAUUGCAGAUGAUGAAGAUGAUCACCAAGCAAGUCUGAUACAUUUAGUCUGAUUAUGAUACCAUCUGGGAUGGAUUGUUUUUUUCUACCUUUUUAUCUACUUUUGUUCAAACAAAACCAAAUAAGUCACUUUUAGUCCCUAAUUCCUCAAUAAAGAUGAAAGUGUUUGUA